AGACCGGAAGCGCCGUCCCCUCUUCCUGCCGCCCCGCCGCUGGGCUCCGCCAUGUCGGCGCUGCGGGCGGUGCUGGCGCUGCUGGCCGCGCUGGGCGCCCCGGCCGCCGCCUACUUCGUCAGCAUCGACGCGCACGCCGAGGAGUGCUUCCUGGAGCGGGUGCCGUCCGGCACCAAGAUGGGGCUCAUCUUCGAGGUGGCGGAGGGCGGCUUCCUCGACAUCGACGUGGAGAUUACAGGGCCUGAUAAUAAAGGGAUUUAUAAAGGCGAUCGAGAGUCCAGUGGAAAAUACACGUUUGCUGCCCACAUGGAUGGAACUUACAAGUUUUGCUUUAGUAACAGAAUGUCCACUAUGACUCCCAAGAUAGUGAUGUUCACAAUUGAUAUCGGGGAAGCUCCAAAAGGGCAAGAUAUGGAGACAGAAGGUGGUGGAGAUACCUGGGAUGCUCAUCAGAACAAGCUAGAAGAGAUGAUUAACGAGUUAGCAGUGGCCAUGACAGCCGUAAAGCAUGAACAGGAGUACAUGGAAGUUCGUGAGAGAAUACAUAGAGCAAUUAAUGACAACACAAACAGCAGAGUGGUCCUCUGGUCAUUCUUUGAAGCUCUUGUACUAGUUGCCAUGACACUGGGACAAAUCUACUAUCUGAAGAGGUUUUUUGAAGUCCGAAGAGUUGUUUAAGAGUACUGUUCCUGGUCCUGGAUUUCAGUUCACUAUCUACCAAACAUCCUGGUCACAAAAAAAGAGUCAUUUAGUUUCUAAACCCUCUUUACUGAACUGUAAAACUUAUUUGCUUACGUUCCUUCCUAGUUAAAAAUGAAUUGUUUUUAUAUAUCUUCUGUAGCAAAAGCUAUGCUGAAGUCUCAUCACUUGAUUGGCAUAUUUUUUUUUCACUUCAAUCUGCCUAGUCUGUAUGCUAAGCGAGGUCCAAGCAAGCUGCAAACGCUGUAACUCAACUGUAGUAACAAGCAAUGUCGGUGUCUUUUCUAACUUUCUGUUUCCAUAAGUACUUGCAGUUCUGUCUAGGGAAAACGGUACAAGGCCCUAAUGUGACUUGCAUUUUUCACGCCUUUAACCCUGCAGUAGGUGUUAUGAAAUCGAAAGAGUCCCUUCUUCACUAAACUGCCAAGGAGGAACGAUUGGAACUUUAUUCUGAGGAACUUUAUUCUGAUAAUGAAUGGAAGACAGCUGACAACUUCCACUCUAGUAUCUAUACCUGGUUAAAAUUGGAAAGGAAGCCUUUAGUAACUGUCCCAAGUACUCCAACUUAUUUCUGAAGCUUUUUAAUUAAGUAGUCGAUAUCAAAAUACGUUCUCUCCUCUACUGAGUGUUCACCACAUGGUUUUCAGUCUCUCACCGGUUUUAUAUCGAAGCCAAUCGCGCAGUGUCUUGGCAAACAAUAGUUGGCCCUUUGGUUUUUGCAGCUCCAAAGCUCAGACUGUUGGUGCUAUUGCAGAAUGCAGUAGUGUUCAGGAAAUCUGGAUUCCAGAUGCCAAAGGGUUAAUGAUUCUGGGGGUUUAUUGCAAUGCUAUGCAGCCCUUGUAUUUAAGUUAAGUGGCAGCCUCUGCCAUUAUCUGGUCAUAAUUAGCAUAAUGCUAAAUACUGGUGUGUUUUCUUUUUCAGGCACAUGUAGAUUUGUUUUUGUAUAAAGUUACUUUCCUUGGUAUCUGAUGAUCGGUUUAAAAUUAAAGCAGCGUCUGGUGUGGGUGCUGAGCCAGGAUUAUGUUGUGACUGAUGUACAUUAGUUGUAAUCAUUUUUGGGGUGGGGGGGGACCUUUUCCAGGGGGGAGCCUCUACAAGUUACACACAACAGUUUUGUACAAUUAAUUUAAAAUUUGUUACAGGUUUUCAUGUUCCAGGUAAAGAUUUUUCAACCUCGGGCAAACACUUGCAGCAGUUCUUCAGCAAGGUGGCCGUUACACCUUAUUGCAACUGUUGUGUGCCAAUAUUUUUGUGUAAAACACUCAAAUUGAAUUCUAAGAUGUACAUUUAAAAUUGCUUGUGAAUCUACAUAUGACCCAGGUUCGAUAAAAUAAACAAAUUCUUUAAAAAAAGGAAAAAGAAA